ACACAUCAGGCAGACAGGCGCGCGCGCGCCACGACCAGCUGUGCGCACAUCGCUCGCGCUCCGAUCGCUCAAGCCCUGAAGCACGCACUCGCGCCGACAUGAAGCGGCCCUGUGAGGACAGCACAUCCGACAGCGACAUGGACGAGACCAUCGACGUGGGCAGUGAGAAUAAUUAUCCCGCCCAGAGCACCAGCUCAUUUCUGAGAUGUGCUUCUCCCACCACCACCUCGCAGGUCAUGGCCCGGAAAAAACGCAGAGGGAUAAUCGAGAAGCGACGGAGAGACCGGAUCAAUAACAGUUUAUCGGAGUUGCGUCGCUUGGUGCCGACUGCUUUCGAGAAACAGGGCUCUGCUAAACUCGAGAAGGCUGAAAUACUGCAGAUGACAGUAGAUCAUCUAAAGAUGCUUCAGGCUACAGGAGGAAAAGGUUAUUUCGAUUUCCAUUCCCUGGCCAUGGACUUCAUGGGCAUCGGUUUCCGCGAGUGUCUCACAGAAGUGGCCCGCUACCUGAGCUCGGUGGAAGGACUGGACUCGAGCGAUCCGCUGCGCGUCCGCCUCGUCUCGCACCUCAGCAGCUGCGCCUCUCAGCUCAUCGCCUCAUCCAUCGCACACCACCCUCAGGCCCUGCACCCGCUUCACCCUCUGCACCCGCUGCCCGCGGCCUUCCUGGCGCACGCCGCGCCCUCGUCCUCGUCUUCAUCUUCAGAGCCGCAUCGCUCCUCCUUCUCUCACGCCGCCAGCAUAGCACCGCCGCUCUCCGCGUCGCUGCUUUCGCUCUCUGCCACCUUCCCCCUGUCGUUUCCCGCCGGAUUCCCGCUCUUUGCCCCUGGCAUGACUUCAUCCGCGACCAUCAGCCCUUCCAUUUCCAGCUCGUCCGCGUCGUCGACGUCACAGCAGAGCAGCUCAAGCUCCAGCUCUGCUAAACCGUAUCGGCCAUGGGGGACUGAGGUGGGAGCUUUCUGAGAGCCUGGACUAGGAACUGUUUACGCUGCACUAUCAGUGGAUCAAUGUUCACACACGGAUGAUUGUUUGGUAUUUUCAAUGAAAUGGGCGCGCGGUUGUCUUUUGUUCAUCACCCAUGGAGAAAUACCACAAGUUUUUAUCUCACACAAACGGCACAUGAUCGGCUGAUGCUGCUCUGCAGGAAGGUGUGACUGAAACACAACUCAGCAACUAAGAUCUCAGUAAUGCUGAAUCAGAUCCAAGCUCAUUGGGAUUCGAACUCACAACCUUCAUCACCCUUAAUGCUGAGCUCAAUGUGUUCUACCUGAACGAUCGUGCCUGUGUAUGCAGCCCCAGUGCAAAAUAUUACAAAUCAUCUUUAUGAUGUAAACAUUCUUAGUUAUGUUAAACAUUGGACAAAACACAUUAACAAGCAUAACCAUGACAGGGUUCAAAUAUCACAAGGACUAAAAACUGCACUUUUCAUUCCAUUAAGGAAAAGAUUUAAUGAGAAGCAUGGAUCAUUACUCGUUGCCUAGGCUAUUACUUCUCAACUUUAAACAGGUUUCCGGUUUUCCAUCUUUAUAUAAAUUUCAUGUGAUUUGGCUUCGUGUCAGAUUACACACGCCCAUGAUAUAAAGGAUGUGCAUCAUCAGGUACCACCUGAUACGAUAUCGUUAUAGCUCGUUAUCACCGAGCCUCCAAAUCGAUUUGUAUUGCGAUUCUACAAGUAUCACGAUUUUAUAAAUAUCCUGAUUCGAUAAGAAUUUUUUCUCAGCACCACCUGCAGGAUCAUAGAGGAACUGCACCAUCAAAUGCAAAACCAUAUAUAAUCAUAUAUGAAUUCAAAUAAAAUAAAAUAAAAAUCAGUUUUGGUGUCAGGAAGGAGAAAUAAAUUAGUUGCCUCAACAAAAAAAAAAGAAAUUUAUAUAAAUACAAAUAACAGCACAAGUAGAGUAGAUUCACUUAGGUGCAUAUCUCCUCUUAGUGGAAUCCUUUUUGUGUUUUUUAUUUUUAGACUGACACAUGCUGUAACCAAUCAGGAAGGAGUAUGCGAUGUUCAGUAAGGACGCACCUAGACUUUCCCUCUAGACACGAUCGAUUCGUACUGUGCUCGGGUUCGAUUGCACUCCAAAUCAAACGCCCCCACCCCCACAUCCCCCCCCCACC